AUGUCUGCGCAACAGAACAAGGCUCCCUCCGCCGGCACUAAGGUCCAACCCGGCGCCUCCGCCCCUACAACCUCCGAGUCCACGGGCCCCGUCCCCGCCGGCUCCCUCGCAGCCGAGUCCGCCGCCAACAACGGUUCCUUCGCCGCCAACCCCUCUGCUUCCUCCACCAGCACCGGCUCUGCUCCCGGGAGCGGCGCCGCAUCGGUGCCCGGUCAAGCAGGCGCAGCGCCGACAUACGUGAACAACCAAUACACGCGCGACCCCAACGGCCCGCACGGCAAGAACAUCACGGAGGGCUUUGACGAUAAGAACACCAAGGACGGCGUGCAGGCGGCGAUGAAGGCGGAGAUUGGAAGUGAGAAUGACCCCGGCCGCGUGGCGGAGCAGCACUUGAAGCUGAGCCAGACGAAGGGCGCGCGGGAUGCGGGCCCGAGGCAGGGUGAGGUCGGGGGCGAGACUGUGUAUGAGAAGUUGAAGAGCGAUGUGCAGGCUUAA